GCUAUUCGAUAGCAUUAAUGUAUUAAUGUAUUUUACUUGUCGUUAAUUAUUUACUAAAAUGCCAAACGGUGCUGUGGAAACGGACGAUAAUAAACUGAACAAACGACAAGGGCGCGCGAGAAGAAAGCAGACAAUUUGGACGAAGGAGAAGAUUGCCAAGCUUAUUGAGCUGUAUCGCUCGUCGGAUUGUUUAUGGAACCAUUAUUCCGAGUUGUAUAAAAACAAGGACUGUCGUGCAAAAGCCAUCGAAUCCAUUUGUGCGGAUCUUGGGAUAACAAAAAGCGAGUAUGGCAAAAAAGUGCACAACCUGCGUAAUCAAUUCAAUUCGGAACUCAAAAAACUGGAGCGACGUCUUGAGGAAUCUGGAGGUUCUUCGGCCGAGAAGACCUGUCGAUGGGAGCACUUCAAAACCCUCAUGUUUUUGCGUUCCGUUAUUGAACCCCGACCAGGAUACCAGCAGGGGACCCAAUGCAAGAAACUUAUGACAAGUCUGAAGUUUAACUACCCUGAAAAGGAUGCAGAAAACCAGAGUCGAAUUGACGGUCAGACAAUAGACAGCUUGGAAUCAAUGAUUGGCGAAGGUGUAGAACUAAAUAGCGAAGUUCCAAGGACCACCGCCGACCAGCGACCAGAGCUGCCUUCCAAACCGUCUAUACCACCUCGAUUAGCAAAGGCACCCACAGCUUUAGCUCCUGUCCAUGUCCCAUGUCGGGAUCAGUGGGACGCCUUUGGAGAAUUAAUAGCCAGUGAAUUCCGAAACCUAAACUCUGAAAAUUCACGCAAAAGGCUGAAACGAAAAAUAAUGCAUGUUAUGCUAGAAGUCGGGGAAGAGGAUGAUCUGGAUCAAUCAAGUGCAAUCAGUUGAUUUAAGAAUUAAUGUAGUCGAUACUCGUUAUAAAAUUUAUUUUUAAGAUCACUAAAAAAGCCUUGAGAAAUAGAUGCUUUGUAUAUACAUUUUAAGCAUCAUUCGAAAUAAAACAGAAAUCAUGCUAUUGGCA